AUGUCUGAUGAAGAUAGUAUUACUGGACAUGGGAUUUAUCUUGCUGGGAAUUUCGAAAUUGAAGAAAAAAUCACGCCCGAAUUAACACAACGCGAAAGCCAAUAUCGGACUUACAUUUUAUCCAUUCCUUGUAAUGGAGCAAAUCACAACCGAAGUUUUUCAUACGAGAUCAAAGCGAUCGGGUAUAGUGGAAAGAACGUCAAGCUAACUGCCAAGACAUCAGAUCGUGGAAUUGUAACUAAUGGAGAAGGCUUUCCUCAUUCUUUAGUCGACACUGUAGGGAUGACUGCCUUAGGACGUGUCCUUAAAAAAACCGAGAUCGUGGAGGAUUCAAUCCAACAUUUAAUUCCGAAGAACCCAAGUAAAGAUAAAGUUACUACAAUUGUGACUGUAGAGCAUUCAGACUAUCACCCUGAAACAAAGCUUCCAAAAACCAGCCAAAUAGAAUAUCGAAUCCGCCCUUUCCCUCACCUUGCUGGUACAUACAAAGUUAUAAAGGUUGGCCGUGAAUGCUUGUUCCAUGGGUACAUCAAAGAUUUCAACGAGCAAACUAAUUGUUACGUGGUCAUUGUGAACCGCGUUUCCACUACUUCUGGACAUAUUGAUGAGUCAGAAAUGUCAACUACGACUGGGAAUAAAGCAACCACGAGUGGUAACACCUCUUCCCAAGUUAACCCACACAAGCCUGUCAAAUUCAAUCCAAGAGCAGUGAACUCGGCAUUCAAAUCCCCAUUGGUCACAUCUGAUUCGCAAGCGAGCAUCCCCUUUGGCCCCUCAGACUUCACUGAAACUUCGUUUUCCUCAGCAUCGAGCAAAUCGAAUGCUUCUCCCUCAAAGAACAAAGCAUCAGAUGAAUCAUAUGAAGAAGACACUCCGGCGCUAACCAAAAAGAAUAAAUCUAAGGUAACUCCCAAACCCAAAAGCCCAGUAGCAGCUCCGCCAGCCAAACGACCUCGCGCUCCACGCGCUCGUCGAAGUGCUAUGAACGACAAAGUACUUGACAUUGCAUCUGAAGGUUGA